GCUGCUUCCGCCACCGACGUGGUUGCAACUUGUUCCAAGCCUGGGCCUCUACGUGAACUCAGUGCGUGCUAGCUGGCACAACUAGUUCGUAAAAUUAGUCUUCUACUGGCCGCGGCUCUGCCAUUUUGUAAUCCGGUCGUAACCGAACUCGGACUGCCGUUUCGGCGCUCAGCGCUCAGGCUUCAGGCUCGUAGCAAAUUGAGUGCAUACAGUAUAACACGGCCUCAGACACUGGCACAUCAACUAGGAGCUCGUUCGCAUCAUCGUCACUGGUUAUAAUUUUCCAAGGUGGCAGUCCUCGAUGCUGGGUCACAAUACCGUCCGCGAUGACGUGUUGGUCAUGCUCCUGGAAGACGAUCGCACGCAGUUGGAAGGAUGCGCGGCUCAGGAGGCCCGUGACCGGAUAACCUACAAGAUGCGCAUCGUGCAACGCUACCUGUCGGACCUACGAACAGAAUACAACUCGACGCUUGCCGUGAACGCGCUGCCGACCGAGAUCCUCGUUGAGAUCCUGAAACUUGCCUCCAUAUCCGAUUAUUGCCGUCCCCGGGCCAGUGCGCGGAAAAUGGACGUAUGCCGCCACUGGCGAGAUGUCAUCAAGGAUACACCUGUCCUAUGGACAGAAAUCCGUCUGUUCGAGGGACGGAAAUGCUUAGACCUCUGUCUCCUUCGUUCAAAGGGGGCAGGCCUCAGCAUAUCUCUUCCAGAGCAUACAGACUUAGCGGAACGUCUAAGCCAGCCGGCGGGUGCCAGGGUCGAUUUCUCGACGAUUAUACCCCUUCUUAUUCCCCAUCACUUGCGGAUCAAGAGCAUCAAUAUCUAUCUCAGGGAGGGGCCGCGUGAAAUCCACACCGACUCAUUCUGGCAACUACUGGACGUCUCACUGCCUGCGCUGGUCGUCCUGGCGCUCGGCGUCGAACACGGAAGCUCGUUGAAAUGGACGCCAAAUCAUCUCCCAAGUCUGCAAAGCUUGUCGCUUACUUCCGUCACGCCCGACUGGACGAAACUGCCAUUUUCGCAGUUAACAUCGUUACGGCUUUCUUACAUCCGGUUUCCCAAUGGCAGUCGCUUCGCAUCUCUUCUGGAUCUGCUCGAAGCGUGUGUUUCCUUGGAGGUCGUCGCAUACGACGGCUUGAGGGAUCGCUCCACACCACACGUAGCAACCCACAUCGUGCCACUGCCGCGCAUGCGCUCCUUCCACUUAACAGGAACGCACGCGGGUAUAUCGGGUUUGCUCGCGCGGAUCUCACUGCCUCGUCACGCCCACCUAUCCCUGUUGCCAAGUCAAUUCUUCGGCGCUCAGGGUUCGCUCAGAACUGUGCUCAAUAACUCCCUACCAAGGGACACGAGGCACCUACCUGCUGUCCACGAGGCACGACACGUCUUGGUGUGGCUGGACACGUAUGAGGAAGCUUUCGAUGUUGAUCUCACCAUAUACGCGGACGUGGAGCGUACGGAGUUCUGGGAGUCGCAGCCCUGGCAGAGUCCCCACUACGAAAUACGUGGAAUCCACCACACAGUACGUGGAAAUGCUCCACCGGACGACCUUUCUAUGCCAUCCCUGCGCGUUGCAUUCAGAAUAUCGCAGUGGGAGGACAACUCGCCCGAGAGAGGACUGCAGCGUGUCGUACGCGACCUCAGCAGUCUCUUUCCCGCAUCUGUAGAGACCCUCGUAUUACGGGGCCUCACGAAUCGCGUCGACGUGGAGACCUGGAGGCGCAUGAUGGCCUCCUUCCCGAAUAUCAGACAACUCCAGAUCAUCGGGCAUGCUUGCGACAUCAGGAAAGCGACUUUCGCGUCUAACUUGUCUAAUCCAGGCAUUUAG